ACUUAAGCUCGGCUGGGGGCGGAGUCGUGAGCGUGGGCGGAGCUCCGGGAGGACACACCCUGGCUGGGACGGGGGCGUGGGCGGAGCUCCGUGAAGACAGCCCCGCUGGGGAGGGGCGUGGGCUGACUCCGUGGGCGGGACCGGGACGCUGUGUAGGGAGGCGGGGUCGGAUGAGGGCACCGCACUCCGGGUGUGGCGGUCCCAGCGCCAGGGGCGGCGCCAAGGCGGGCGGGGCAGCCGGCUCUCUGUGUGGCCUUGGCCAUGAAGCCGCAGCCGCCGGGCUAGGCCCGGGCGGCUCCAGGUCUGGGCCGCCCGCAGAGGGCUGAGCCCAUCCCCGGCUCCGGUUCUCGGGGCGGCGGGUCAGCACUCACCAUGCCCGGCAAGCACCAGCAUUUCCAGGACCCUGAAGUCGGCUGCUGCGGGAAAUACUUCUUGUUUGGCUUCAACAUUGUCUUCUGGGUGCUGGGAGCCCUGUUCCUGGCCAUCGGCCUCUGGGCCUGGGGCGAGAAGGGCGUUCUCUCCAACAUCUCAGCGCUGACAGAUCUAGGUGGCCUUGACCCCGUGUGGCUGUUUGUGGUGGUUGGGGGUGUCAUGUCGGUGCUGGGCUUCGCUGGCUGUAUUGGGGCCCUCCGGGAAAACACCUUCCUGCUUCAGUUCUUCUCUGUGUUCCUCGGCCUCAUCUUCUUCCUGGAGCUGGCGACAGGGAUCCUGGCCUUUGUCUUCAAGGACUGGAUUCGAGACCAACUCAAUCUCUUCAUCAACAGCAAUGUCAAAGCCUACCGGGACGAUAUUGACCUUCAGAACCUUAUCGACUUUGCUCAGGAAUAUUGGUCUUGCUGUGGUGCCCGAGGGCCCAAUGACUGGAACCUCAAUAUCUACUUCAACUGCACUGACUCGAACCCAAGCCGUGAGCGCUGUGGGGUGCCCUUCUCCUGCUGUGUUAGGGACCCUGCGGAAGAUGUCCUCAAUACCCAGUGUGGCUAUGACAUCCGACUCAAACUGGAGCUUGAGCAACAGGGCUCCAUCUACACCAAAGGCUGUGUGGGCCAGUUCGAGAAGUGGCUGCAGGACAACUUGAUUGUGGUGGCUGGGGUCUUGGUGGGCAUCGCCCUCCUGCAGAUAUUUGGCAUCUGCUUGGCCCAGAACCUCGUGAGUGACAUCAAGGCAGUGAAGGCCAACUGGAGCACCCAUGGUGAUGGCUACAAACUACUCAAUAAACAGCACUUGGAAAAACAGUGGCUUAUCCUCACCAUCUCCGAAGGGUCUGUUGGCAGCACAGCCUCAGAGCUCUCCAGGGAGGGCCCUGGCCUGAACCCAACCGCCUAGCCAGGUCUCCUAGGUCUGGGUGACUUAUGCACCCGAGAUAGCCUUUUCAAUGGGUGUGUUGCCUUAAAGACUGCAUCCCCUGCUUCUCCCGAAGAAUGGCUGUGUGGCCACACCAGCUUCUCAGUGUCUGUGUCAUCUGCAUCAGGACAUGGAGACAGACACCUCACCUCGGGUAUCUGGCCCCAGCACCCGAGAGUUGACCUUUCCAACCUGGUGAACACCUCAGGGCUUCUCUUUCAGCCUCAAGAAAGGCAUAAAGAUCUGAAGAAUGGGGUGCUGGAGAUCACUCCUAAGAGGGUGUAGCCUGGUGGACUGUAGAUGUGCUGGGCACCGAGGCGGGCGUCAGAAUGUCCAGGAGAGUGGCUGAGCUAUGGGAGCAAGGGCCAGUGGGAGUAUCUGUGAGGGUGACCCUCUCCAUGGCCUGCAGUGGUGCCUUGAGGCCACUAGAGGGCACCUCAACACCACAGUUUCUGCCGCUGGCUUUCCUUUACACCUUCGCCUCAGUACCUACCCAGGCUUGCAAACUAGAAGCAAACCAGCUCAGCCGUAGGCAGUAUAAGCCUAAAGGGAUAGCGCGUGUGAAGCGACCCUUCUCUGCCUUUUCCCUGUGCUGGACAAAAGGAGGGAUGGGCUGGUCCAAAGGUCACAGCUCUGGUGUCCAAGUUAAACAAGUGGGAUAGAGUAGUGGGACCUGCUUUGCCUUGACUUUGAUCAGUGCUGGAGACCAGGCAGAAAAACAGUUUCUGUGAUGACGAACUAUCUGUGUGCAAGCCAGGUGAUGAUGAUGGUCUGCUCGGGAGUGCAGGGGGGUACAGUGGGAACUGUGUCAGUGGGAACUGUGUCGAGACAGGCCCUCACCCACAGGAGCCAACUGCUGCUCCAUUGUAGCUGCUGCUAUGGUGUGGGAAUGUGGGACUGGCAGCGGAAAUCUCAGAGAAGCCGGACGUCUGUAGGCUCUUGUAAGACAGCCAGAUUUUAACUCAGACCUGCAGGCAGCACCGAGAGCCUGGGGCCCAGCUUCAGCUCCUGUGUUAGCAUCACUCGUGACGACGGAGCCAUGUGGGGUGCUGGGAGCUGCAGCCAUGUGGGGUGACCAGGCGGUGUGCACCUGGUAGCUUUGAGCCCUGGCAUAGGCUGCACAGAGCUCCUAGUGGCCCUGGCUGUGGUCGUAUGUACACUGCAAUAAAUACAGCUCCG